CCGCACUGUGUGUCUUAUUUGCCGGGUGUGUGUGUCUGAGGCCAAUGACCGCUGCUCGCCGUCUGACUCUGGGAUUAUUAAAAUGAGUUUUUAUUUCAUGGAGCAUGGACCAUGAGUGAGGAGAAGGGAUUUUCCUACACUGUUCCCUGACUUUUAUUCCCUGACUCGGAAUGAGCUGCUGUGAUUGACGUACCGCGCCAUGGAGACCCAGAAUAGUUUUUCUGCGUGUUGGCAGAGGUUUCUGGCGUGUUUUAAAAAGCCGGGUCAACCUGCAGGUGAGACCGGCCUCAGAGAGAAGAAAGCCGACACGGUGAUUGAAAACCCGAUCGCUAAAAACACAGAAGUGGACUCUGCUUUUAAGAGACCUUUACCGCGGACGCCGGUGCAAGCCGUGGACCAUUACAUCGCCCUGUAUGACUACUCCGCCCGCACCGAGGAGGACCUGAGCUUCAACGCCGGGGACAUUUUGGAGGCUCUGGACAAGAGUGCUGGGGAUUGGUGGUUCGCCAAAGCCCUCAGCGGGGUCUCAGCCUCCAAACAAGGAUACAUCCCCGCCAACUAUGUUGCACCUGUGGAGAGUAUUGAUGCAGAACCAUGGUAUUUUCCCGAGACCAAAAGGCAGGAUGCGGAGAAGAUGCUGCUGGCUGAAGGGAACGAACAUGGAGCCUUCCUCGUCAGAAACUGUGAAAGUCAGAAAGGAGAGCUCUCCCUCUCAGUGCUGGACAGUGGGAGGGUGAAGCAUUACAAGCUGAAAAAACUGGACAACGGUCACUACUUUGUGUCCAGGUCGAGAUCCUUUCUGACACUGAGGGAGUUAGUGGAGCAUUACUCCAAACAGGCUGACGGCCUGUGUGUGCAUCUGGGUGAACCAUGCAAAAAGAUGGAGGCCCCACAGACUCACGGUCUGUCCUACAACACAGUUGACCAAUGGGAGAUUGACCGCAACUCCAUCAAACUGCUGAGGAAGCUGGGAGCCGGUCAGUUUGGUGAAGUGUUCGAGGGCCUGUGGAACGAAACCACAGCAGUCGCAGUGAAGACCCUCAAACCCGGUACCAUGGAUCCUGAGGACUUCCUGAGAGAGGCUCAGAUGAUGAAGAGGCUGCGGCACCCUAAGCUCAUCCAGCUGUACGCCGUCUGCACCAUGGAGGACCCCAUCUACAUCAUCACAGAGCUGAUGAAGCACGGCAGCCUACUGGAGUACCUCCAGAAGGAUAAGGGGACCACGCUGCGUUUCUCUGACCAGAUUGAGAUGGCCGCGCAGGUGGCAUCAGGCAUGGCCUUCCUGGAGCUGCAGAACUACAUCCACAGAGACCUGGCAGCCAGGAACGUCCUGGUGGGCGAGAACAACAUCUGCAAGGUUGCUGACUUUGGCCUCGCCAGAGUCUUCAUGAAAGAGAAUGAGAAUGUGUACGAAGCCAAAGAAGGAUCAAAGUUUCCCGUGAAGUGGACCGCUCCAGAGGCCAUCAACGACAACAAGUUCACUAUAAAAUCUGAUGUUUGGUCCUUUGGGAUUUUGCUGUAUGAGAUCAUGACAUAUGGUCAGAUGCCUUACCCAGCCAUGACCAACUACCAGGUGGUCCAGAGGGUCCCCCAGGGCUACAGGAUGCAGUGCCCCCCCAACUGCCCCAAAGUCAUGUAUGACAUCAUGAUGGACUGCUGGAAGGGGAACGAACAGGACCGGCCCACGUUCGAGACCCUGCAGUGGAAGCUGGAGGACUUCUUCGACCUGGACGUGACCUCGUAUGACGACGCCAGCCGUUAUUAGCAACACUCCGAAAAAACAAAAACAGACAAAAAAAAAA